AAAAAAUAGAAACUUCAUAGGUGUCAAGUACGUAAGUAUGGGUUUUGGCCAUGUAGUUUCGUGUGUUUGCGAGUAUCGCCUUCAGGGACGAGUACGCACCUUUCAUUGGAAAUCGAAAUAUUGAUGUAUUUUGUUUUGUCGCUUGUUUAUUUUUUUAUUCGAAAGUCUAAUUGUCUGUAAAGAACAACAAAAGUACUUGGUAUCAAAAUGCCGUGUCCACCCCCAGCUGAGCAUGACCUGCUUACAGCUCCUCCCCGGGCCGCUCUCGAGGGCCUCACCCUGCACUACCAUUAUGAGAUAGUGUCGCGCGGACAGGGCGGUGUGAGAUCUCCAGGGAGCCCAAGCGUCGAGAUGGCAUUGGUAAAACUGCGAAAGGCGGCAGAGCUUAUACUCCGCGAGAACGGCGCUGCGACUGCGUGCCGCGAACUUUUGGACAGCACGCGUUUAAAUCUCAAGCAGUUAAAUAUGAUGGUGAUGGACAGCCGCGGAUCGCUGAAGGACGCAGAAUAUGCGUUGUUGGUCAGUGUGCGGGAAUUAAUCAACACGAUCGAAGAUGACGAGGUCCGUCUCUCCGUUGUGAACUCGGACACAAUAGCGCGUUGCGUCGGCACUGGUGCCGCCGCGGAGCAAAGGAGAAAGUUGGUGGUGAGGCUACGGGAUAAGAGUGAAGCACGUCGGGCGGUGAUAGUGGACACGUCGCAGCCGUCGCGCUCUAGUAGUUGCACUUCCCAGCUGCACAGCGACCACGUUACCAUGUUCGCGCUCCGGCAGGCGCAGGGCUUGAAAAAGGAAGCGGAAGAGCGUAAGAAGCAGUGGCUGCGGCAAGUCGGCCUUCCUGUGAAGCUAUUGCAUUUGCUACUACCUGCGUGCCGGGUUCUUCUCGACGUGCAUCCCGAGCAAAAUACUUACGACGGGAUCCUUGUUUUUUUCGUCAAGACCCACGUCGUGCCAGUACAUGGGGAAGAGUGGAGGGAAAGCGCCGAGCUGUGUGAGCUCUUCAUGGAUGAGCAAAGAGAUGAAACAGAAGGAGACUCCUCGGCGGAUGAUGCAUCCGAGGCGGGCGCUGGGGUUCGUUCCUUCGAGCCCUCCACAGAGUGCGUCUGGCCAAGGCAUGCGCAGAGAAAGGCCGACAGCGUCCUCCUGCGUCUUUUUGCUUCAGCAGACCCAGCCCAGCCCAUCGCACUGUCCUCGAUAGGGGGAGACGCUGAGUACAAGCAGCUUGUGAAGAAGUGGGGAAAUAAGCCCACCGGGAAAGCCAGUUCCUCGCCCGCCCUGGGUUUCGUCGAGCUCUUUCCCACACGGUAUGAAGUGUUCACGAACAUGCUGAGCCACACCGUCGUGCAGCUGGUCGGCCGGCAACCCGACACAUUCGCGAAGAUCAAGGCGGCGGUUGAUGCCAGGGCGCCACCGGACAAGCGCGUUUUGAAGGGAGCCGCCUUUCCCGCUUUCGACUUCCGACCAUCCAGCGCUUGCAAAUUUGGUACCAAGAAAGGGGUGUGGUGGAAUGAGGCCCAGAUGUUGACGGACAGGCUAAUCCAGUAUCUACUUGCUGCGAACGGGCCCGGAGUGCUGGGGAACACCGCGAACAUAGCGCUGCUAACCGUGUCCGCAAUUAGUAGCGAUGAGGAGUGGAGGAGGAUUGUCGCUUUUUUCGGUGAACCGGUGGGCGGCAUCAGGGGAUUUUUGAAUUUUUUUCCUGACCGCUAUGAGUUGCUCAAGCACAUUCAGGAUGGCACUUCCUAUGUACGGUACAUUCCCGCAGGCGACGGCGCAGUCGGUGUCAAUUCUACACCCUCCUCCUCGACGGACAGUGCCGCGCGGAUCCGACAGACCAUCCUGGCCAGGAAGGAAAAGCAGCUCGUCGGGAACUCGUUGGCCACGAAGAAGGACCAACAAAUUCCACCUUUCCAGCCCUCGCGCUCUGUUCUGGCGAUGACAAGUUCGUCCACGACCGCGAAGCCCUGGGAUGCCGAAGCGCAAUCCCUCACGGAUCAGCUCGCUCACGUUCUUCUGAUGGAAGUCGGGCAACACGGUCGAGUGGCUCUCUCCUGCAUCGGUGGCGAUCCGGAGUGGAAGCGGAUUUGUGCGGUUUUUGGAAAGCCAACGGGCGGUGUGUUGUCGUUCUUGAAGCAGUGGCCAAAGCGCUACGCGACCCUGACGGACGCCCGUAGCCACACGUCGUUUUCUCUUGUGGAGUGCUAAAAGAAUCGCUCAAAGUCAAACUGAAUAUAAAGUCGUAGAGUCACUACACACAUCAACACUCAAUGAAUUGUGACGGUUCAGAAAGGUCCUCGCAUAUUCUCAUUUUGCUAAAGAAGAACAAGAAAUCAAGUGAACGAGGAAAAUCAACAAGUCAGAAGCAAAGCUUCGACUGAAGAGCCACG